AUGUAUAAAAUGGAAUAUUCUUACCUCAAUUCCUCUGCCUACGAGUCCUGUAUGGCUGGGAUGGACACCUCGAGCCUGGCUUCAGCCUAUGCUGACUUCAGUUCCUGCAGCCAGGCCAGUGGCUUCCAGUAUAACCCGAUAAGGACCACUUUUGGGGCCACGUCCGGCUGCCCGUCCCUCACGCCGGGAUCCUGCAGCCUCGGCACCCUCAGGGACCACCAGAGCAGUCCGUACGCCGCAGUUCCUUACAAACUCUUCACGGACCACGGCGGCCUCAACGAGAAGCGCAAGCAGCGCCGCAUCCGCACCACGUUCACGAGUGCGCAGCUCAAAGAGCUGGAGAGGGUUUUCGCCGAGACUCACUACCCCGACAUCUACACCCGGGAGGAGCUGGCCCUGAAGAUCGACCUCACCGAAGCGCGUGUCCAGGUGUGGUUCCAGAACCGCCGCGCCAAGUUUCGUAAGCAGGAGCGCGCGGCGGCGGCCGCAGCGGCGGCGGCCAAGAACGGCUCGUCGGGCAAGAAGUCGGACUCCUCCCGGGACGACGAGAGCAAAGAGGCCAAGAGCACCGACCCGGACAGCACCGGGGGCCCCGGUCCCAACCCCAACCCCACCCCCAGCUGCGGGGCGAGUGGCGGCGGCGGCGGCGGGCCCAGCCCGGCAGGAGCUCCGGGGGCGGCAGGGCCCGGGGGCCCGGGAGGCGAACCCGGCAAGGGCGGCGCGGCGGCGGCGGCGGCAGCGGCGGCGGCGGCGGCAGCGGCGGCGGCGGCGGCGGCGGCUGGAGGCCUGGCUGCGGCCGGGGGCCCCGGACAAGGCUGGGCUCCCGGCCCCGGCCCCAUCACCUCCAUCCCGGAUUCGCUCGGGGGCCCCUUUGCCAGCGUCCUAUCUUCUCUCCAAAGACCCAACGGUGCCAAAGCCGCCUUAGUGAAGAGCAGUAUGUUCUGA